CUGAAGUAUCGCAAAGAUGACUUCAAAAAUAGAUCCAUGUUAUAUUUAUAUAUAUGAAGCUUUUACUCCCACGCAAACUUUCAAAAUUCAGCUUAUAGCAAGCCACCUAAAUGCACCCGCCAAGCAACCAACAAUGCAAGCCUAUACUCACCCUGGCGUCCACUCUUAUUUCCAUGGCAGAGGCUUGCAACUCUAUGUCCCGCCUCAAGCAGAUCCACGCCCAUUCCUUACUCACAGGCCUCCACGACCACUCCAUUAUCCUUGCCAAGAUGCUUCGCUUUGCUGCGGUUUCACCUUCCGGUGAUUUAGCCUACGCUCAGCGUCUGUUUGAUCAAUUGCCCCAUCCAAAUACUUUCUUCUAUAACACCCUCAUUCGUGGCUACGCUAAAAGCUCUAUCCCUUCUUAUUCCUUGCAUUUAGUUAAUCAGAUGAGGCAAAAUGGUGUAGACCCAGAUGAAUUCACUUUCAAUUUCUUGAUAAAAGCGCGGUCAAGAGUGAGAGUGAAUAUAAACCGUAACCUCCCAUUGGUCGUAGAGUGCGAUGAGAUACACGGGGCCGUGCUAAAGCUUGGGUUUUCUUCGCAUUUGUUUGUUCGAAAUGCGUUGAUACAUUUGUAUGCGGCGAGGGGGAAUCCCGUGGUAGCCUGGAGAGUGUUUGAUGAGACGGUGGGAGUGGACGUUGUCUCGUGGUCGGGUUUGGUUUUAGCUCAUGUAAGGGCUGGGGAAUUAGAGCGUGCAAGAUGGGUUUUUGAUCAGAUGCCAGAGAGGGAUGUUGUUUCUUGGACAACUAUGGUUUCUGCGUAUUCGCAAGCUAAGUAUUCGAGGGAGGCAUUAGAGUUGUAUGUGACUAUGCUAGAUAAAGGAGUGAGACCAGAUGAGGUCACUCUUGUUAGUGUGAUUUCAGCAUGCACUAAUUUGGGUGAUUUGCAAAUGGGGUAUAGUGUGCAUUCUUAUAUUGAUGAGAAUGGGUUUCGAUGGAUGGUUUCACUUUGUAAUGCAUUGAUCGAUAUGUAUGCAAAGUGUGGAUGUAUGGAUAGAGCGUGGCAGGUGUUCAAUAGCAUGAGCAGGAAGAGUCUGGUUACAUGGAAUUCAAUGAUUUCUGCAUGUGCUAACAACAGGAACCCAGAAGAUGCAUUCGGGUUAUUUAGUCGCAUGUUUAAUUACGGGGUUGCACCUGAUGGGGUUACUUUCUUAGCUGUUUUAACUGCAUACGCACAUGUGGGGUUGGUAGAUGAAGGGUACAGGCUUUUUGAGAGUAUGCAGAGAGACCAUGGAAUUGAGGCAAGGAUUGAACAUUACGGUUGCGUGGUAAAUAUGUUAGGUCAAGCAGGGUGGUUAGAGGAGGCAUUUGAAUUAAUUACCAGCAUGCCAUUACCAAGCAAUGACGUUGUUUGGGGAGUUUUGCUUGCAGCCUGUAGAAAACAUGGCGAUGUGUAUAUGGGGGAGAGGGUUGUGAAGAAGCUAUUAGAGUUAAAACUAGAUGGAGGGUACUAUACUUCAUGAGACUUAUGCUGCUGCAGGUCGAACAGGUUAAGUGAAUGGGAUGCAGCAAGCGAUGAUGGUAGGUUUAACAAGAAAAAAUCCAGGAUGUAUUUGGGUGGGGAUGCACUUCACUUCCUGGAAGGAAUGUAAAGAUACAGGAGAUCAAUAAAUCAUGCCUAAGUUCAGCUCCAGUCCUGUAGCAAUCUCAACAAUUUUGACUGUGUUCUUGGUAGGUGUUAAUCAUCAAUCAAAAGGCUAUCUGGAGCGAGGUUUCUAAUAGGCUGACAUCUUUGGGAUCAGGACUGUUGAUUUUGGAAAUAGAUCAUAUGAGGGCUAUUCUGAGAAUGAAACAUAAUGCUUGAGUUCUGCAAACACUGUUGGAGAAGCUGCUAGAUCAAAGACUGUAUGUCAUCCCCGCAUACAUGUUUUUUUUAUCUCUCAAGAAAAUAGCUCUAGAAUCCAGAUGACAAAGACAAAGUACACCAACCAUCAUUUAAGAUGCUCCUUUUGCGCAUAGGAAAGAUAUUCACGGGGCAAAGGUUAGGAUUGAGGCCGUUGAUUCAAGUGCGGGAGACUAGCUAAACUUGAGGCAUCCAUAGCCAGUCAGAUGUUGUUGUCCCGUGGAUGCCCGUGGUCAAAUUUAGCAUUGUAGGAUCAAAUAAUUGUCGAUUUUGUUCCUUUAUUUAAAAGAUUUUAACAACUAAUAUA